AUGUAUCCGAGGGUUCAAAUUUUCCCACGGAGGAAGCAAGGGGAGGAGGUUCGGUCAAAGCCCGUGUUCCUAUCAGAGUCCGACGUGUCAAGCUUGUUUCACCUCCGUCAACCUGACGCAGCCAAUCAGCUGGGCAUCUCGGUGACUGCGUUGAAGAAUGCGUGCAGGAGGUUGGGCAUCACGGAGUGGCCGUACAAGAAGAAGCCCAUGGAUGAUCCAAGCGAGUCCCAGGAUACUGAGGCAGCUCCGUCCUCCCCUGCUGCCACCUCCCCUGCCUCGCUCAGCGCUUCGAGGUCGUCAGGAAGCAACUCGAUGCUGCCGACGACGGUCAUGUUCGACAGAACCUCUUACCUGCCUCAGCCACAGAUGCCCUCUCUCCUGCCGCAGAAUUAUGCUCAAGUCUGCGCCUCUAGCUGGCCAGCCAACCCGACGCACCAGUACGUCAAGGAUGAUGCAACAAGGCUACGGGACGGGCAGCUGACGUACGCAACGUUGUUGAACCCUCUUCAAUUGCCGGGAGGAGGAGGACCAACGUCACGAGCCCUCAGCAACGGAGGAGCUGCAGGAGACGACGGAGGACAGUGA